GAGAGAGAGAGAGAGAGAGAGAGGGAGAGCAGCGAUAACAGCGAUAACCCACUUCUUGGAAAACUUAAAUACGGUUGUUUUUGUUUAGUAUUGCUGCACUGAGGCACGCUACAACAACAUUUACGCUCAGACUCUGCCAUUGUUAUCACCGGAAGUAAAUUAACCCCGGGAUAGCGAGCGCCGGAAACAAGAAACCCGGAAGUGUGAAAAUGUGAAAAAGGCGAAUCGACGCCGAUAGAUACUUUUCUUGAUGGCUUAUUGAGCGGGGGCGGGGGCAAGAAAAAAAAAAAGAAAAAAAAGGACACGUCCGGUAAUACGAUUGGCGUAACGUUUGUCACGUGAUGCGUUUGGAUUUGUUAGGGAACUUUUUGCUAGUCCUACAAUCAUCAGCAAAACAAUUAUAAUUUAAACUUUACUGUAAUAAAUAUCAAGUCACAAUGAAAGAUCGUUUCAGUAUAUUCAUAGUUGGAUUCAUCGUGUAUUUAAGUGUGCUUCUUAUCUCUGCCCACACUGAAAAGUUUCCUGUAGCUCUCACCAUUAAAGAGGACUUGAAUGGUUUUAAUAAGGCAGAGGACGCUCAUGAGCCUGAUCCUAAAGAUCUGGAUGUGUUUGAACCGAGCUCCAAGUGGCAGACUCUCAAACCAGGUCAAGCAGUUCCAGCAGGCUCUCAUGUCCGGUUGAAUCUUCAGACAGGGCAAAGAGAGGCCAAGCUUGGAGAUGAACAAUCCCUGCCAGGUAGAAAGAGCACGCGAGGAAUUCUUAACAUGCAGACCCCUCUAUACACAUCUCAGGAGCUAAAACAGGCUCUGAAGGAGUUUAAAAGAGUGGAUGACUCGGCAAAAAAGGACGCUGAGCAGGGCAAAGAGUCUUCACAAGCUCGGUUUCGCUCAAUGGAUGAACUCAGAAGAGACUUGUCUACGUCGAACGUACUGGUGGAAACGGACGUCCAGAUUAUGAGUAAACUGUUAUCCAAAUUCAACAGCACGAACUCUACCGUGGACCAAAGGGUCGCUGCUCUACUUGACUUGGAGUACCUUGUUCAUCAGGUGGAUAAUGCGCAUAAUCUGGUGAUAAUGGGUGGAAUGGAGCUUGUAAAUGACGCCUUGAACAAUACAGAUUUUAGACUUCAGCAAAGUGCUGCGUUUGUACUAGGAUCAGCUGUGUCUAGUAACCCAUCUGUCCAAGUUGUGGCUUUAGAGUGUGGCACCUUACAGAAGCUAUUGACUAUGCUUGCAACCCCACGACCAAUGGCGGUUAAGAAAAAGGUAUUAUUUGCAUCGGCGUGUCUGUUACAUCACUUCCCUCCUGCUCAAAGUCAGUUUGUGAAGCUCGGCGGAUUGCAGGUGCUGGUCGAGCUAUUCCAGGUACAAGAAGCCGAGAGUCUACAAGUAAGGAUCGUCACGUUGCUCUACGACUUGAUUACAGACAAGGAGAUGAUCUCUCAAACUGAUAAAGAUCCUCACUCUACCCGUCAGGAACAUAUGCAACAAUAUGGUGACAUCUCACUGUUCCCCAUGCUUGUGGAGCAGGGCUGGUGCAGCAUGGUGCCAGAACUUCUGGCCUCUCCCAAGCAUGAUUGGAGGGAGAAGGCUUUGCAGACUCUCCUGGCCAUGAUGCCCCACUGUCGGACGCUGUGUCUGCAGAACCCUACUCUGAGCACAUCUCUUAGUGUUCUGCAGAAGCAAUACCAGGAGCUAGCCCUUGGAGAAAGGAACCUAGGAGAGGACGAUGGUUACUUUGGGGAGAUUUUGGCCCUGGUUGAAUCUUUAAUGGUUAAAAUUCAUUAAAGGGACUGUGUGUGUGUGUGUGUAUGUGUGUAUGUACACUGUGGGGGAAAUAAGUAUUGGACACGUCUAGAUCCUCUCCAGUGUCAGCAUUGCAAGUGGCGGUAGGGGAAAUGCCUGAUUCACUGUCCGCUUUAACUAGCUUAUUAAAUGGACAGUCAACAUCAAGACAAGAUUUAAUAUAUGACAUCCUUAUGAGUCCAGAAUAUGGGGAUAAUCCUGACCUUCCCAUGGGAACCAGCACAUGUGGCAGUUCAAGGCAAUGAAACAGUGGAUAAUCUGUCCAAACAGGCAAUGACACUUGGAUGUGGACAUUCAAAUUAAACUAAGCAAAGCAGAGGUAAAAGGUCAAAUCGAAGAACUCGUGAAAAUAAAUGGCAAGAAAUGUGGGACAGCAAAGCGAAGCUUCUGAGGACAAAGGCGUACUUACUUUUUCCACAGAAGAUCUAUUGUUAUUUCUGUUGAAUAAAUGAUUGAAAACGAAAAAUAA